AUGUCGGCUAGAGGUGAUUGUCAUUUAAAUGACUUGAAAGGUGGUAGCGGUCCCACAACCACAGACCUAGACAUCACAUUGAUCACGUGUCUUCUUAGGAACAUCAAGUUCUUCGGGCUAAACAAGAACUUUCAAUGGAACUCAGUUCCUGCAAAUUAUGAUUUUUCUGUUGAGGCUGAUAUGUCACGUUUGAAAAUAUACAGGAACGAGGUUCUUUUGAGGCUGAACUCGGCGGUCACCCCCAUACCACAUUUACAACAAAUGAUUGAUGACUUCAAAGUGAAUCCACUUGAUCCAGAGGCAGAGACAAGGGUACAGGAGGCCAUAGACAGUUGGAAAAAAAUAGAGACGGGGAUUGAAACUGAUUUAAAAAUAAUAAAAAAGGAGAGCGAGAAGAUUAAAUAUUCUGUUAAAAUGCAAGAUCAAACCGUGAAAAAGUAUGUAGGAAAGGUCGACGAAUUAAACAAGAAGACGAGUGAAAAUGCUAAACAAAUACAAGAAUUAAAGAAAAUGGUAGACACUGAUAAACAUGCCAUAGCAGGGCCAGAAUCGAAAUAUGAAGAGUUCAAAGAAAAAGUAAAAAAUGAACUUAUUACAUGGUACAACACCAAUCACAGUACAGUUCCUCUUUCACCACUUACAGGUGAUUUCGGUACCCCUCUUGCUGGUUUCUACAUUAUGCCGGAAAUUGUAAAACAAACGAAUCUACCUGGCGGAAGGAAAGAAACAACACGAGUUGAGUCGUUACACGAUCUGCUUACUCCCGGUAGAAAUAUUCCACGGGAAGUAUAUCUAUCAGCGGUUGCAGGAUUUGGGAAAACAGCUUUUUCAAAAUAUCUCGCUUUAACGUGGUGUCAAGCUCAAAAAACGGAUGAAAAUUAUAAACAUUUUAAAGAAAAAGAGAUAAAGGCGUUAUCUGGCUUUGACUUUUUGUUUCUUGUUCUAUUGCGAGAUUCAGGUAAGUUCUGCGAUGUCGACGAAAUGAUUGAUCAACAAGUUAUAAAAAGUCUUCCUUGUUCAUCGUCAGAUUCAUUGCCGAAAGAUCUCUUGAAAGACAUUUUACGUUAUGAAACCUGUCUUGUUAUAUUAGAUGGACUUGAUGAAUGGUCUCAUCCUGACAAUAAGUGUACAAGACUUAUAAAAGAUAUUCCGCAUCGAUAUGCACGUGAGAAAUGUGUAAUCUUAACAACGACCCGGCCUUGGAAGCUCGGAGUCUCAAACUUGAAAGCAAGCCAAAUCGACAAAACAGUAGAACUGGUUAAACUAAAUGAAGAUAAUGAAAGGAAGUUUAAGCUUAACGCAUUUAAAAUAUUGAAAGCCGACCUUGACAAUGAUAAAUUGCUAAAUGAAGUAUGUAGAUUUGAAGAAAAAAUCAAUGACCAUGAACUUAAAGAUAUGGAAUCCACCCCUCUUCUUCUACUCUAUCUGAUAUGUUUAUGGAUAGAAGAUAUUCCAAUAGGAAAUUCGACAGCAGAACUAUAUGCAAGUAUUAUUCAGCUUCUUCUAUCAAGAACAGAAAAGAUACAUGGAAAAUUUCAAUUAUCUUGUAAAAUAUCUUUGAGUAAUGUUCCCGAAUGUUUUAUCAAACAUAGGCAUUGCUAUAGUUACUACGCGUUUCUUGCAACCCUUGGGAAACUCGCUUUUUAUAAACUGUUCAAUGAGGAAAAGGAACACACACUGGUAUUUAAUAAAAAUGUUGCUGAAAAAUAUCUUGACCCAGGAGAUCUAGAUUUAAGCCUUCGCUCAGGAAUGUUAACAGAAAAUAAAGUGAAAACAUUAGUAAGUGAAAGUUCCACAAUCUCAUUUUCCCAUAAAACAGUACAAGAAUACUUUUCAGCAAUAUUUAUAAGUUUUAGUAAUACAAUUGAGGUUAAGAAAAUCAUCUUUGGAGAGUGCAACAGUUUACAAAAAAUUCUUAAUAUGUCAAAAGUAUUUGUCUUUAUUAGCAACAUGAACCCUAAACUAAUGUCUGAACUAUCAUGCGAUUUUAUGCCUGUGAUAAACAAUGAUGAAAAAACAAGGAAAUACAGAACAAUGACAUAUAAUUAUUACAGGUACUUUGAUUCAUUACAAGACAUACAAGAUAUGUACAUGUCAUGUUUCAAAGAAAAUAAGAAAAACAAAGACCUCAAAUUGUGUUUACAGGAUUUCUUAAUCAAAGAAAAAUGUCAACAAAAAAAUUACUUUAAACAAUUACAACAUCUAUGUUACCAAAACAAAGAGAACAUAAAGUCAAUAAUGAUAAAAAAUAAUGAUAUUUGCAGUCUGCAAGAUAUUAUCAGUUUGUUUACACUCUCUGACCUUCCAAAUAUACAGAAAUUAUUCUAUAGAGGUAAACUAGUAGAAGAUGAAAUAAUUCGCUUGUUAUUGAACCCUUUAAGAUGUUUAUGUGUGAUAUCAAGUAAAUGGGAAAAUAAGAAAUUCCAAGUUGAACGUUGCCCGAUGUCUGAAGAGAUAAUUGGACGAAUGGUAACAUUACAACACCUUGAGUGUUUACACAUAGACGGUUUUACUAUGGCUCAUGGAGCAAUGGAGACAUUAUUAAAUUUCCUUACCAGUAAAAUAUCAUUGAAGGAUGUACAAUUGUGCAGUUUAUACUGCAGUGACCAUGACACUUCGUGUAAAGGAUUCAACAUAGACCUGUCUCAACAUUCACAUUUAAGAGGUUUGGGAUUGCAUCAGAUCCCUGUGUCAAAAUUAAACAUGAAUGCAUCGUUAUUAGAGAAAUGUACUAUAGGUAACUUAUAUAAACCUGGUGUUGUGUCAUCUUUUCUUAGUCAACUACCAGCAGCCAGUAAACUACAUACAUUUACGUGUAAUUUCCUAGAGUCUUCCAGUGAUAUAGAAACAAUGUUACAAACAUUACCAUUGUUGCUUCAUGUGAAACAUGUUAGAUUGUUAGGAAUCAAUCUAGGUGACAGAUCUUUAACACUGUCACCUAAAAUGAUCAAUAUUGAGUACAUUAACAUGUAUAGGAUAAAAAUGUCUUGUUCAGUGUUACAUGAUCUCAUUACUGAUAUAACAAAACUACCAGAUACAGUGUCAGUAGAUGUGAGAGGUUGUGAUAUAAAUCCAGAAACAGAAUUUGAAAACUUUAAAGCAUUUGUAAAAAACUCAGACAAUUAUGUGGUUACCUUUGACGACACAACACAGUAUGGAAAUUACUUGUUUCAGUUUAAAACAACAACAAACUUGAAAUAAAAAGUACUCGGUUAUAUUAAAUGAACAUAUAUAGACAAUUAAUAGAUUAUGAAUUAUGUGACAGGG